AUGAAGGAAACACAUAUAGAGCAGUAUUUCUUGGAAAAGAAAGAUUCUAUUCAUUCAGAAUACAAUUAUCAAAAUCGUUUUCAAAGAACUAUCUUCCAUAUCAAUCUUCCAUCUCUUUUCGCUUACGUAGCAGUCUUUUCUGUUUCCCCUCAGCCAAGUGGGAAAAGAGGGACAAGCGUAUUGGUAUGAGACAAAAAAUUGAAAGAGCAAAACCUUUGGCUCGAAAAAUGUCAAUUUAUUUGACACCGUUAGCGGUGAACGAGCAGUUAAUAACCGCAUACCUAUGGUGUCCUUCAGAACACAGAAUGUUAAUUUAAAAACCGUGGCAAGGUUCUGCGGCUAAUUUUCAUUGGAGACUUCACUGCAGACUCAUCUCACUAGUUAUUUGUGUCAAGUCUGUGCCAAAGAUUUCUACAGGUAAAGGGAAGAUAGUGCACCGUCAAUAAAUUAAGAACCUCACAUAAAUAAAAAGCUUCAACUAUUUAACACAUCAAGUAGACCUGAGCAAAAAUUGUGUCCAAAUGCCCCACCCAAUAUUUUUGCGAAAGACUAAAUUAGUUAUCAUGUCUUUCUGUACUUUGCCAAAGCUUUAAAACUUAAACUUUGUAGACCUUUUCUUCUGAGCCAUUUGCUUGCAAAAGUGAAUUAUUUACCUUAAACACCUCUGUAUUCUUAAAAUAACUCUUGUAUUCUGCAGGAAACACUUAACACUUCCAGUUCAAAUUCCCCACCCCAGCCAGGUAAGGUUCAAAUUCCCUACCCCCGGGAUGAUGGUCAAAUUCCCAUGGAUUGCUGGGGGGGGGGAGAGAUACAAAACUUGGAAUUGAUCAGUGCAUAACUUCAAAACAUAUAUAUCUAAACCUAGACCCAGCUAUUGAAACUGGAGUCGCUUGUAACGAUUUUUAAAUUGGCAAGUUCCAACAAAGAUCACAGUGAUAACCAAAAAAAACCCUUAAGUUUUGAUACCACAUAUGAUAAAAGUAAAAAGUCACCCACAUUAUGGCAAUAGUGGCAAAAAAAUCAAAUCUAGGAGGCAACAAGUUAACCUAUGUAGAAGGUGGCAACAUAGGAAAAUAAUGGAAAGCAAAAAUUCAUACUUCAAACGGCCUUCCACUCUGAGUAUUGGAUGUAUAGUAUUUCCUAUUUUUUACGUGGCUGGCUUGUUGUACUCUUUGUUCAAGAGGAAAAUAAUUUCAACCAUUGUACAAUAUUGGUCAAUAUAGAAAAAUUAAUACCUCCAUCCAGUAGAAAUCCUUUCAUGAGCAUCAAAGUGAAAUGUUUAAAUCUGCAAAUAACAACUGGGUUCAGAUUUCUGCUGUUGAUCAAAAACAAUUUACUGUAUAGAAGCAUUUUUACAAAGAAAUUACAAAUUUUCUAAUUCAAAUAAUUUCACCUGUGUAAAACCCAACCAGGACCUGUAAACCCAUGCCAAGGAGCAUAGUUAAGUUUAAUGUGUCAUUGGUUAUGUUAAAAUCAAAUGUUUUCCUUGAUUUGCAAUUUUUCAAACUAGUUGUGGCUGUACCACUCAAUGAAUAAUUUCAUAUUAUCUAAAAAAACUUGACUAUGAACAUGUUGCUGGAUUUUGAUCAACCAAGUAUGUGCCAUGACUUGCUAUGUAACAGUAGUUAACCUCCAUCAUAAAGAGGUAGAGUAAUCAAAUGAAAGUUGUUCAACAAAAACCUGAUAUCAUCUUACCAGUGAUGUUCAUUCCCUAGUUGGUGUUCCUUCAGGAUAUGACAUCAUGAACUCCAGUUUCCAAUUAGGCACUCAACCAACGAAGAGUUUGCCUGUUGCAUAAGAACCCAAAAAGAUAACCUAAUAUUAAUAUCAUGUUCCUUUUAUUCUAUGGUGACUGAAAUUGAAUUUGAAAUUCACCAACAGUUGUUAACCAUACUUCCAAAAAAUGACAAAUAUCAACUUGGAGUUAGAUUAUGAUUAAAUAGACUUGUUUUAAAAAGACCACUGGCACUUUCACCACCACUGGUUAACACUAACAAAAAAAUUAAGUUUUUCUUUUUGCUUUUUUUUCUGGAAUUAAGGGUAGUUUGCCCAACCAACAAGAUCAUAUGGACAAUAAUAUGUCCUUCUAGUAAACCAGUUAUCUUUUAUCAAAGAAAUGCUACAUUUCGAGUACUCUGGACUCAGUAAUUUUGUUCACAUUACAAAACAGCACCAGUUAUUUUUUCCAAAUCUGGAAUAUAGUUAUUUCAAUAUGACUUUUUGAAUUGACUUUUUCAUUCUCAAAUAUAAUGAAGAAUAGAUCCCUGUGGAAAGUUCUCCAGCAAUUCAAGAGGUGAUUGAUCAAGUAAAUCUCAGUCCAAAGUGUGCAUAUGGUUAUAAAAGUACAAAAAAACAAAUUAUGCACUUCCAUAUAUAUUGGCAAUUUCUUCACAGUUGUCUAUUUCAAAACACAUAGGCAAAUUGGAGAUGUAUACAUUUAAAUAAAUUAAACAUGCCCUUAUAAAGCAAACUGUUUAUUAUCUUCAUAACAAUCCACAAUUGCUCAUCUGCCAAAGCUCUAUUAUCUUAAGAAAAAACUAGAUCAGGUUUUGAUUUUGUUGUGUGAUUCACCAUAAAACACAUACCAGCAUCUGCAGAUAUAUGUUGAAGGGAAAGUGUCUAACUAUUACUUUCAAUAAUGACUGGAAGUUACACAAAGGAGGAAUUGGCCAUGGCAUCUUUACCACUCAAAAUGACCUAAGAUGAUUCCCAUGUAAAACGUUCUGUGGUAAUACCUCUUAUCAGUUGUGGCUCACAUCUGUCUUUUAAUGAUAACUUUGUUCUUCAUCAGCAUUUGUAUCAGCGCUAAUAGGAAACAUUAAUCUUGAAAUCUUAGUUUGGGCAAAAAAUGUAAGCAAUAAUUUUCAUGGCAAAACAGAAAUCUGAAAUUGUACAGCUUGAAAAAACAAAAGCAUCUUAGCUCAUAAAUUAAUGAAUGCCAACCAUAACUUCAAUCACUGCAAAUAUUUAUACAAAUGGCUGAGGAAGACUUUGAAGUAUUAAAACUGAACAGAAAAUUUCAUAAUCAUUUCAUUAUGAUAGGUUGCAUGGUCACUCAUAUGCCACUCUGCUCAAAUGUUCAUAUACUACAGCCAGAUCUGACCUCUUGAUAGGAACAGGUAAAUAAAAAUGAUCAACUGUCAACAUCAACCAAAGUCUCAGGGUUAAAGAUGUCCGUAAGGAUAUGAUUCAAGGGUGCUAAUAGUGAGUUCAAAAUAUAUCCUAAUAGUUUUGCAAGUUUUACAAUUAGUAGAUGAAUGUUUUUUAGGUAUCUAACAUACCAAUAAUAUGAACAUCUGAACUUUAAAUUAAAUAAAUAAUAAUAAAAAUAAUAUACUCUAACAAAAACCAUCUCACUAUUAUUGUUGCUAUUUAAGAGCAUAUAUAAAUCUAAGUGAGUCUUCCAAAACAUACCCAAGAAGACAGCAAACUCAAAAGUCAAUUUUCAAGCUCUCACCCAAAAAUUGAGAAUUCCCCCCAGCCCACUGCCUACCUAGCCAUAGUGAUCUAGUCCACUCAUGGAGCUGUCCUAAUGCACGAGUUUAACUGUGAAUCAUGGGACACAGUUCAAGACAACAACAGGCUGAAAAUAACACUAUCAAGAAGUCCACUUUUAUGGAAAAACCACCUCCCCCCUGGUUGAUGUUAAAAACCUACCCUUCCCACCCCUGAGUUUUAGACACAGAGCCAUUUGCAACCCACCCUUGGAUAGGCCAGUGGCUGGGUUGCAUGCUAGUGCUAGCCUUGAUGUUAAGCCCCCAGCAUUUCAAUCAGCCAUGCUAGCUUGAAGGUGGGAGAUGCACUCCUCCAAGCAAACCUAGCUAUCAGGUUUUUUCAAUCCCCUCUAUGCCUUCUGCUUUGGACUCUCAACCACCCACUAGCUGAGAUGUGGCAAGGCAUGAAACUAAGUGUCAAUCUUUGCAAAAUAGUAAGCAUGUUUUUUUCAAAUACAAGCAGAUAUAAAUACCAGUUAAUGACACUGACUACAUUUUAGAAUUCCAAAGAGUAGAUGAAAAAGGUUAUCCAAUGUACUAAAAAUUUAACAACCGAUGUUGCUAUUUAGCUUAGGAGGGUGGAAAAGGGUUUAAGUCUGGCUGCUUCCCUGUGAAGUAACUUAAUCUCACUCUCUCUGUUUAAACAACUUGGAGCUUCUAAAAAGGCAUUUUUGAUUCAGACAAAUAAUCAUUUUUGCAACAAUCAGAGCAGUAGCUAUUUGUUGGACACAUCAUGUGGUUUUCUGGGUACAGCCAGGUGAUCGAGUUCUUUUCAAAUUGAACCCAUUCACAGCACAUUUGAAGACAAUUUUCUCAGGCUUAGGUGUCAAUUUGGAAUCUCAAAAUGCAGUAAAUGUUGAUCUUUUAUCAAUAUUUUUGGAUGAUGGGGAUUGAAAUUACAUAGUUAUGCGAGAAUACUACAAGAUCAAGUCAACUACUAAAAUUGAAAUUGCCCAGUAAGAGAUCUUCAUCAUCAAACAUCCUAAUCUCACAAGGUUUUUUCCAAAAAAAAAUUACCUAAGUGUUACCCAGUAAAUGAGCCUUAGGAGUUUCCCCACGUGUCUUGUCAAUUUUUUGAAUGACUGGUAAUAACUCAGAAAUAUUCAAAUAUUUUUAAAUUGAGAGCCUAUGUGAAAAAGAGUAGAAAAAAAUGAACAUGUCAAGCCAAUCAGGUGAAAGAAUCAAAGUGCUCUGUGAGCAAACUCGUGAAUUGACAGAUGCCUUACAUGAUUUUUUAAAUCAUGUUUAAUGUUAUCUGGUUUAGGGAAUUUUGUGGUUGAUUGUCAUAUUUAGAGUACGAGCAAUAGUUCAGUGUUUGCUAAUGUAGAAAAGUAACAAAGUAAUGUUGGGAUAAGAAGGCAUUACAAUUGAAAUGAUCAUGCUGUUACAUUUGACAAUGGUGGAUGAUGUGUUUUAAACAUAUAUCAUUUUUGUUUCUGGUUCACAAGAAAAGGUUGGAAGUAAAUGUGGGUGAAAAGUGAAAUUUACUGUGUAUCAUUGUAAAUAUUGGAAAAUCAAGGCAAUACUUUCUUACUGAAAACAUUAAUGACUCCCUCUUUAUCAAAUGAGACAAACAGGAACGAGUUUUCAGUGAUAUAACUAAGCCCAGACUACCACCAUCAUUUUGGAUUUCUGCCUGGGUAGAUUUUGGUCACGUGCUAAGCAACGUAUAAUCAAGAACAAGAUAGAAUUUCAUUCCAGACCUAUUUAUCAAUUUUGUAGUGAAUAACUUUCACAUUUUAGUAAGUAAUAUUUAUUUUGAAUCUUCAAAUUGUCUUGAAACUUAAAAGAAAAUUGUUCUUUAAAAAUUCACCGAAGAUCGGCAGCCAAAAUUAUUUGUUUAGGUUUUAUUUGAUUUUUGUGUUAACCUGUAAUUUCAUCAGUUGCCGGCACCUUUUGUUGCUUCUCACAGAAAAACACAUGAUACAAAAUGUAAUGAUCGAUUUUGUCCCCAAUCUCAUGCCAUAACAAAAAACCUUUAGAACACCUGUUAAACUCCGAGCGCUUCGGAGUAAGUGAUAUUUUUAAUGAAUCUUCGGACUUUUUUCAAGUUCAAGGAUUGUAAAUUAUAAUUUUAUGAAAAAUGAAGGUUGUUCUUUUAUUCCAGUGUGAAUCCUCGCACGCCUGCCAGUCGCUGGCGCCGCUUGUUGAAACUAAAACGAAAAAAAUAAACUCUUUUAAGACUAUCAUUGGCUUCUUUUUCACCCCACCACUAUUCUUAGCAACAAAGGUCACCAUUUCGUUUGUUUAUUACUCACCAAAAACUAUCAAAUACACUCAAAAGUCUAAAAUC